CUCAAGGACAGCAAGAUGCCAUAGUGGACUUUGCAGAUCUGGCUCUGGACUGCAUUAAGUCUCCCGGCACACGGCGGCCCAGCAUGAAGGACGUGGGAUACCGCCUCAGUGCGCUUAUCGAGAAGCACUGCCCUGACAAGGAGGAGGAGUGGGAGGGUACAGGGAAAGAAGCGAGUGAUGGCAUCGAUGAUUCGUCUUCUUCAGGGGAUCCUUCUGCUGUGUCGUUUGGAGGCAGUGGGAUGGAGUCUCAGAUUUCUUUUGGUGGCAAUUCUAGUGUGAGCUCAUUCACUGGCAUUAGCUCGAUGACAAGUGGCGUCAAGAGCUGGCUGCAGUUAAAGCCUAGCACGGGGCGCUGA